AUGAACACAACAAUCUCGUACAUUGAAUUAUCGUCUUCGGUAGUAAUAGUUGUGAGGACAAUCAUUCUGAUCUUCAUUACUUUGUUGGCUGUGAUAGGUAAUUCAGCAACACUUUUUAUUAUCUACACAAAAGAAUCACUUCGAACAAAAACAUCCGUGUUUGUUGCUAACCUUGCUAUUGCAGACUUUUUCAACGGACUGUUGAUUAUGCCUGUUAUGAUUAUUGCUUCUAUUGCUAACAAGUGGCCAUUUGGAAAUGCGUUUUGUAAAGUUUCAGCGUUCGUUACUGCACAACUUUGUUUAACAAGCAUCUCGACUUUGUGUGCAGUAGCUAUCGAAAGAUAUCAAUCUAUUAUUAAUCCGUUAGUUUAUGAAUCAAAAAUGUGCAAACGGAACAUCAUUUCUCUUAUAAGUUGGACUUGGAUUCAAUCGUUCGUAUUCUCAAUAUUGCCAAUACUAGGCUGGGGGAAGUAUGUUUACGUACCGUACAUCUUUACAUGUGUUACUCCGUGGGGAGACGACGCAACAUUUACUGUAGCUUUGUUUGUCGUGUGUAUGUUUCUUCCAUAUGCUAUAACAGUCAAAGCAUAUUAUCAUAUAGGUAAGUUAACUUUCCGACACUUGAGGCAAGUGAAUAGUGAUGCCUCCGUUGGUACAGCGAUUACAAUUUACGGUGGUUCCCGGUUGAAAUCCGAAGUGAGAUGUGCCUCCGUAUUUGCCAUUGUACUUGGAACGUUUACAGUUUGUUGGUUUCCAUACCAGAUUAUUAUGAUCUGUCAGUUGUUUGACGUAGGUUUACCAAACUGGUAUUUUACCGUUGCAGCAUGGCUAGCAGUGAUGAAUUCCUCUUGCAAUCCAAUAAUCUACUGUGUGAUGAAUAGACAAUUCAGAGAUGGAUUUAAGGAAAUCAUUCGAAGGCUUCGUUUAACGUACACAUAGGAUUGAUGGUUUUGCUUGAUAUCGAAUAGAUAGGCGUUUUGUGUGGCAAUUCUGAAUUUCAUUUGUAGACAUAGUUUUGAUGUCUCAAAUCGAGUGUUUUAAAUUAGUCUGAUAGAUCAUAAUAGAUACAGAAGUCCACUGUAAUUACUACUACUAAGCACAUGAUUAUGUCUAAUGUAAAGACAGAAAGAAGUAGCGGACUUAUCCCCAACGUCUUAAAUAGACACAGUACAUGUUGGCGCU